AUGUCCAUGCCUAGAGUCACCAGCGUCGCCAGGCCCUCGAAAACACCAAUUACCCCUAACCACGAGACCACGGAAAUUGGGAACAAGGGGCAAGCUCUAAAUGCUCCUGAAGACCACGGCAAGGAACGGUUAACCAAAGGGGAUCAGACUGUACUCCAGAAAGACCAAGGUGGGGGCGUCGAACGCCUUACGAACAAUGUUGAUACCAAGCCAAAGAGCCUGCAUCAAGACCCUGUAUUUGCGGAUAAUGAAAUUGAUUUCGAUCCCGUGGUGAAGUGGGUUGUGUCUGAAGUAGCCGUGUGGGGUGAUUAA